AUGGCUGGGAAAGUUCCACCAAGUUUUACAUCAAUAGGCCUGUACAUUAGAUCUGGGCAGUUGCAGCUACCAAAAUCUUCAGUGGUAGAGAAGUUUAAGAUUGCAAAAUGCAGGCUGGUAAUGACGAUAAGAGAUUCUAAAGAUAGGAAGGUUAGCCAAGCCGGUAUUGAAAUACAAACAGGACGUAAGUGGUCGGCAGAGGAAGUUGUAGAGAAUGCGGAGAGCAGUUUAAAGUUAAGAGAUAUCAUAGGUAACCAUUGUAUUGGCAGACAGUGUCUAGGAACCAGCCAUUUCCAGCAAUGGAAUAAAGCUAACAUUAAAGAAAAAAGAGACAUGGGGCAAAAGGCGACUCGUGAGAGGGAAGACGAAGUUAGAAAAUCUAGAGGAGUGGAGCUGGGAGCACAGGGGGCGUGGACGAAAUGGGAGCUACCGCAGAGAAGAUUAACUUGGGCAGAAGUGUGGAGAAUGGAACCAUAUCGUAUCUCGUUUUUCCUCCUAUCAGUAUAUGAUACGCUACCUACACCAACCAACCUUUGUUUGUUUGGCCUGAAAGAAGAUCCGUUGUGUAAGCUUUGUGUUGAGAGGGGAACACUUUCCCAUAUAUUGUCUGGAUGUAAAACGGCUUUAACACAAGGGCGUUAUAUAGGUGGAGGCAUGACAAUGUUCUACAGGCGUUUGCACAGACAGUGGACUAAGAACGUCCAGAAACGACCACGCAGAAUAAAUAAACCAUCUUCAAUUGCUUUUGUCAAGAGAGGAGAGAAAACACCAACCAUGAAGGAAACAAGGGAAACUAUUCUACAAUUAGCGCAUACAUGGGAAUUUCAGGUUGAUUUGGGGAAGAGAUUACAAUUUCCUCAAGUCGUAUACACAACAUUAAGACCGGACGCAGUUCUGUGGUCUACUAAAUCAAAGAAGUUAAUAAUGGUGGCGCUCUCAGUCCCUUGGGAAGAGAAUUGCGAGAUUGCAUAUGAGAGGAAGAGGGCCAAAUAUCAGGACCUCCUGGACAGCUGCAAAGAGAAGGGAUGGCAAACAUGGCUGUACCCGAUUGAGGUCGGUUGCGGAGGGUUCCCAGCGCAAUCAGUUUGGAAGUUCAUUACUGCCAUCGGGUUAUCAGGAAAUGAAAGAAAGCGAGCAGUAAAAAAACUAGGAGAAGAAGGCAUCCUGCUAGUUGUGGAUGAAACAAGAGGAUAUGAACUGGAGACCAAAUUAGAGAAGUAG